AAUUCUAUUAAAGAUGACUAGUAAAAAGCAAAAAAUAGGAAUUUACUGUUAAGAUGACCAACAUUUUCAUAGAGGACAGAAGAUCAAAUAUUUAAUGGUGAAAUAAGACAAAGGUUCAAUUUAAAAAAGGUUGUUCUGUGAUGAAUGUUUCCUUGGAAAUUACAAUUCUUAUCAAUAAUAUUGUUGUAAUCUCUAAGAAGUAAAUCUUUAAAUAUAUUCUAAGCUCAUCAAUGGCAGAAUUUAUGAGGCCUUCAAAUAUACUAAAUUUGAUAGUGAUAAAAAAUAAGAGUAUUUUAAUUAUGCUAGAAAUCACUCCCCAUAUUAUGAUGAUAAGUUUAUUGAAAAUGUAUAGAAAUUCCUCUUUAAUUAGAUGGUCACCUCUUUUUAGGAAGAAAUGUUAUAAAAAAUUGAAGUUAUGAAAGAAAAGUUUUUAGAGGAAAUUAAAAAAUAUUUGGAAGUGGUGUAAAGAUGGACUUUAAAGGAUAAUAUUAAGGAAUAUUUUGAAUGUGAUAAGUUUAAGAUAAAAUUACUUGAUGAAAAAUUUGAAAGAAGUCCUUACAAUUUUGAAGAAUUAAAUAUGUUGGCUGAUGAUUAUGUUGAGAAAAUUAAUAAAGAUGAUUAGAAAUUGAAUAUCAAUUUGGCUGAUAUUGUUGAUAAAUAGAAAUAAUUGUAAAUUAUAAUAAUAAAUUAGUUUCAACUUAGAAAAAUUUAAGAAUUGUUUUAAAGAAGUAAUGGAAUAAAUAGAAAUAAUGGAGAAUAGAACAUUUUCUAAUUAUACAUUUUCUUAAUCAACUUUAGCCACCCCUUAUAUAGAAGAUGUUGUUAAAAAAAUUGCAUAAGGUUAAGAAGAAAAAUUCUUAAAAGAUUUAAAAAUAAUUUAUAGGAUGACUCAACAAGGAUCAAAUUAUAAAAAAUUAUAAGAAAAGAAGUAAUAAUUAGAAGGAUCAGAUACAAUUACUAUUAUUUAAACUAAAAAUAAAUGUGUUUUUGGUGUCUAUAAUUGUAUUUAAUAGCGUCAAAAAUCAAUUCUAUUCUAAAUGAAUAAAGAAAAAUUCUUUUAAUUAAAAGAGACAUCUCAGCAGGCUCUUAAAUUAAACUUAAAUGCUGAUUUGAAUAGUUGGAUUUUGAAAAUUGGAGAUGAGGAUAUUGUUAUAAAUUCUACAUUCACUAAAUGUAAAUCUAAUUUAGGAAAUGGUUUUGAUAUAUCUGGACAUAAAAUAUUUGAUAAAAAAGAGUAUCUUUCAGAUUGUGAAUAUUUUGACAUUUACGACAUAGAAAUUUUUGAAACCCCAAAUCUAAACCCUAUCAUAAAUACAAACCCUAUUAUAAAUACAAACCCUAUCAUAAAUACAAACCCUAUCAUAAAUACAAACCCUAUCAUAAAUACAAACCCUAUCGUAAAUACAAACCCUAUCGUAAAUAAAAACCCAAUCCCAAAUACAAACUCAUCCAUACCCAAUUUCCCAAACCAAACACUACCCUCAUUUCCACCACAAGGUUCAUUCAACCCUUCUAACACUAUGAAUUCAUCUACAAGCAAUUCAUAACCGUUUUAACCAAUACCUAACAACCCAUUUCAGACCCUUUAGAAAUGAAGAUUUAACAUAUAAGCA